AUGUCAUUCACCGGUGCUCAGGGGACUAGCAUUAGCAGCCGGCCUAGCUGGCAAGAUCAGCUCAAUGCAUACUGUAGCAGUACCAAACGGACUCCUCCAGUCUUCAACAUCGUCUCCGAUCGGCGAGGAGGUCGUACUGCCUGGUCUAGUACUGUCACCGUCCAGGGUCUUCCGGGUACUGUCGCUGCCCGCUACUGGUAUGAUGGCCAGUACGUGAACAAUGCGAAAGAGGACGCCGCCGAGGUCGCCCUGAAGCAGUUGAGCUCGCAACCUAGAGCUUCGACCGUCUAUCCCGGACAACUCUACACCCAGCAAUCGACCGGUUUUGGUCGAGGUGCGGGUGGAUUCUGA